UCUUUGAAAACGAAUAAAUAUUCAUUUGGUGACCACCUCCAUUACACUUUCAUUUGGCCAAGUGAAGAAAAUGAAAGCAAUCCCGGACGUAGUCAAAAAUUCAACAUUUUCAUCUUUCUUUUGAUAACGACUCCGUGGUGUUUUUCAAUAUCGAUGCAUCUUCUUGUAACAUUAAAAGAUAAGCUCGACGUUAACGUUAGCGAAGACGUUGCUUUAAUUGUUUGUUUUCUUGGCACAUACUACAGCGUCUUUGCUUUUACGAAAAAUCAGUCAAAAAUAGCAUUACUUCUCCAGGAUCUAUCCAACUUUGAAAGAUAUGGAAUGCCUCCAGGUUUUAAGAAUCUUGAAAAAAAAUUAAAUCUGUGGUCCAAAUGUGCUUUUAUAUACGCUUUUUUUGCCGUGGUUGUGUACAGUUCAAUAAAGUUUGUUCAAAGGUCCAAAUGUCAAAAAAACAAUGCGCAGAAAAAUCUGGACGAAAAUUGUGGAUUUCCAACUGCCAUUUGGAGUCCAGUUGACAUUAACUAUUUUCCGGUUUAUCAAAUGGUUUAUUUUUAUGUGGUGGUAUCAAUACAGACGUUGAUGAAACUCGUACUCAUGAUUUCUGUUCUAAUGCUGGAAAUGGCUCAUUAUAUUGUGCUGAGAAUAGAGCAUUUAGAAAAAAUGAUUGUGGAGUGUUUUGAAAGCAGGAACACGACAAUACGGAAAAGGAAAAUGAUUGAAUGUAUUUUAUAUCACACUGAAAUACUAGAAUAUGCUGCUAGACUAAGUAACUGUUUCUUUAAUGAUAUGUUCGCUCAUUUAACUAUGACAGCCGCAAUUUGUGGAUGCUUGGAGAAAACACUUAUCGAUGAGGAGACUCAAGUGUGCACCGCAAUUCACAUAUUUGGAUGGAUUUUAUCGCUAUUUUUUGCUUGUUAUGGUGGACAGCAUCUCAUGAGUGCGAGUGACUUGUUUCCCACCAAAAUUUGGAAUUCACUAUGGUACCAAGCAGAACUGAGCUUACAGAAAGAUGUCAUGUUCAUGCUGUUUAGGUCACAAAAGACUCUUUCAGUUGCCGCAGGUCCUUUUGAUGUGGUAUCCUACUCACUUUUUGUUUCUGUGAUGAAAAUGUCGUACUCCAUAAUGUGCUAUUUAUCGAAAGGGAAAUAAUACUGUAC